AUGAUGGGUGUACAUAGCCACAUGGGCCAUGUACCACGGGGUGCCAAGUGGCGCCUCCCUAUAGUUUGCAAUACCCCUGCCAAUGUUUCUCAAUGCCCUGCUCUCUUGAACUUGCCUCCAAAUUCACCAGAUGCUCAAGUGUUCUAUCAAAUUGGUACCAAUAAUAAUACUGCUAGCUCCCCAGUUUCAGGAGGACCAAAAAAUAAUGGAACCCCUGGAACAACGAGUGCUCAGCAAAAGAGUGCUGGUUUUUGCAUUGAAAACAGAUGGCUCGGCCUCGGAUUAAUCCUAUUGUGGGCUUUCACAUCAAAAUUGUUCCUGUAA